GCAUUUAACCAAUGACAAAACAAAUUACAGGCAAAACAAAUUACAGGCACGAAGUUUAAAAAUGGCGACCUCGACGAUGAGAGAUGACAACUACAGAAAAGACAAGGACACGAUGUCACAAAGCAAGGGCAAUACCAGCUUUGAGCUCAUCAAAGAGAAGAUGAAGGAGAAGAGACGAAAGAAAGCUCUGAAUGACGGCAACACCUCUUGGUCGAGGUCGUUUUCCAAAAAAAAAGGGACAUCGGCGUCAUUUGUCCUUAAGGCCAGCCUACGCUCCAACAACCAGUCUCUGGCCAAAGCCCUGGCCGCCUCCAGGCACGAGGCACAGCAGGCCCACCACAGCGUCCUGGAGCUGCAGCGAGAAAGGCAGUAUCUACUGCAGCAGGCCAACUCCACCAGGCAGGCUGAGAAGGAAUGCAUGCAACGCUUUGGCAACAUCAAGCAAGUCCUGACCAAAGUCACCCACAGUCUGCUAGAUGCUGUGAGCUCCCUGGGCCAGGCCCUGGACCUGUGCUCCUCCCUGCCCCUCAGAGACAGCAGCUUGGGGAUCCUGCCUCGGGCGUCCAUGACGUCCGACGACGACUCCUUCGGAAUUGCACAGAAAGCCAGUCAAGGGCUCUCCACAUAUAGCAGACAAACUCGGCUUGUAUCUAAAGCCAUUGAGAGUGCAGCAUCUAAUAUAAUGGAUGCCUCCAAGACCAUGGCAACUGCUACCAUCCACCAAUCAGAGUCGCCUUCAAGAAACAGCCAAUCAAAGCCAGCCCCUGGUUCCAGCCGGUCGGAAGGACCCACCAAAGUCAGCCAAUCCGAAUCCACAGUUAACACGGUCGACCAGUCAGAGCCAGUCCUUGAGGGAGUUGGCCAAUCAAAGGAAAUGAAGGAUUUGGCUGAUGAGGAGUUCGAGUUGGACUUCCCAUCACUAGAUGAUGCUGACUUCCAUCUGAUGUUCACGGAAGAAACUCCUGACAAUCAAGGUGUUGGUAGUUGUGAUUCCAGGCACCAGUCCCAUUGCCUGGAAGCACCAGUGAAGCGUUCCCGCACAGCAACCGUCUUAGAUCCCAUUGCCAUCAAGAAGGCCCUGGCUGACGAUGGAGACAACGCGACGCACACUAAGGAUCCUGGUGAGGACGCCACAACCAUCUUGAGCCCACAUCCUGAACCACCAUUCCAACAGCCCCCGGGUGAGAAGACCCAAGCCAGCAGCCCCUUGACCCACCAAAAAAAACACUUGAUAAAAAGCCCAGACAAGCGACCUGCAAUCACAUCAAGACGCAUGACCUACAAUGUUACCCUGGACAAUUCUGAUUCAGCCAGCAACAAAACCUUUGAGGUACAAGCCUCUCCUUUCAUCCCAUUAGUCCCCAAUCAGCAAGCAGGUGCAGUCAAGGAAAGAUAUGUCUUCGUCCAUUCGCCACCGUGUAAUGCUUCCAAGUACAAGUCCCUUGAUACAGAACCAAGGGAUGCCACAAGUCAUUCGGUACCCACGCAAGAUGAGCACAGCAUAAGCCAGGCUGACAAGACCCGCUUCAAUCAUGACGAGCAGGUCAUCCGACCAUGGGGCAACAUCCAGGUGGACAAACCUUGCAGCUCUUCCUCAGCCAUCAAGCCCAAGCUGAAAUCGAAGCCAUCUGCGAACACCUCCAGGAGCCUGCUUCCAAAACCUCCCAAGAAGGAGACUUCCAAGGAUCCUGCCAAAAUUUGUCAGACAAAACACACCAAGACCGGUCUCAAGAAACUCAGCAAGAAGACUGCACUGAUGUCAGAGUCCUUCAGGAACGACCUAGCCAUCUUUGAUCUCUCAGCGGGCGACAGCUUCUCCUUAGCUCCACCAGUUCUUAAACGAGUCAAACCAAAACCCACCAGUUCCCUGGCUGAGUUCUCCAAGACAAACAAUGACCAAGAUGGUGCUCCUUGCUUAAAGAAAGAGAAACCAACAGAAGUGCACAGCCCCCAUGAUGGCAAACAAGGGCCUCCUGCUGAUCUAGUUGUGCCAGGCAAGGCUCUAGAACCCGUGCACCAAGAGGAACUUCUAAACCCCAUGCCCCAGAGAGAGGAAUCACACCUUGCAUACAAUAAACAUAUUAAGCAGGCAGAGCCCACAAAACCAACAGAGGCUGUGAAUUCGGAGAGAGGGGGCAAGAUCAAGCGCAAAAGCAAGAAGGCCAAAUCAGUGGUGUCUCCCACAAUCAGUAAGAUGGCUGCAACAUCCAACUGGAAGACAGAGCUGAACCUUGCCGCUGUCAAGUCUGAAAGCAAAGCCAGUGACAUCUUUGAUGGCAUCUGCCUUGGAGAGCCAUCCCGACAAACUGGCAAGGCUAAGCUGGCUCCCAGUUGGAAGCCUGCAGAAGAUGUUGAUGACGCCAUCCUAUCAGUGGCUUCUGCUCAACCUACCAAACACCACCCAACUAAGAGAGUCAAGGCCAAGGCUUUACAUGUUCCCCAGACGGAGGGUAUCAUUGACCGUGCAGACACAGCAUCUACCAUGCUAGAUAAUGUUGGCAAAUACUCUACACUGCAUCGGGGUAAGACUUCCACGAACAAAGCUAAGCCAUCUGUCACUUUUGAACAGACCGACCCAGUACAGGCAAACCACAGAGAAGCCAAUGAGUUCCUGUUUGACAUCAGUGCCCCCCACGGCUUACAAAAAACUCCUCCCAGCAAGAAGUCAGCUUCGCCCCAUUUAAGGAGCCCCUCCCCUUCAACAGUUGCUGAGCCCAUCGCACCGUCAAAAGUGGGUUCGGAUAGCGAACGUGGUCCUUCAGUUGUCGCCAUGGAGACAAACUCUCAGACUGUCACCAACAACAGUCACCCCCAUCAAGCCCAGCAGGGCAGGAAGAGAACAGCAGAUGCCCUAGUGGGAGUGCAGCUGGCAUCAGAGAGAGGAGAGGAGGAGAGCGAGGCACAGGAGACGGGUAGGCGGAGUCGGAGAGCUGUGCCCAUCAGCUACAAGGAGCCAUCAUUGAGAGAUAAAUUGCGACGUGAUCAUUCCCCGACCAAGAAAAAAACCAAAACUAAAAAGGUCAAGAGCAAACCUACAGCCCUUGCAACAGUUACCAACGUGUUGUAAGUGUGCUUGUCCACACAGCCAGCAAGGGAUGAGGAUUUGUCAUGCAUGUUGUGACUGCACCAGACUCUUCAGAAUCACAUCAUAAUUUUUCUGGCACCACGGCAUUGUGUGAUACACAAACGAAGCAAAACUUCACACUGACGGUAAGCCCGUUUCAAAGGGUUAGCAGGGAUGGGCUCGUGCACAUGCACACAUCCUGUAAGCAGCGAUUCUGGAUUUCACUUGGUAAGCCCAAAAUGUCUGCGCUAGUGCAUUCAGCACAGCCUGGUCAUCAUAGAGAAGUCUGUGAUUCACAGGCUGUUCCAAUUUCUGUGUUCCCACACUGAAAAAGUGAUACUUCCCGUAAAUGUUGUAAACCAGUCAGAGUUUUAAAAUGCUCAUUAAUUACCAAAAGUCAGUAUUACUGUUGUUGCACUAUAAGGUGUUUUGAAGCUUUUUUUUGGUAAGACACUAAAUGAUUUUCAGAAUUUUCCAUUCUAUAUUGUACCUUUAGACUUAAAAAGCAAACAGUUAUUUGACUUAAGUUAUUCGUAGAGCAAGCCAAGAAUAUUUCAUUUGCAAAUCAGAAGCACUGCAGAUGGCGUGGGAAACUAUGGAAAAAAAUCUUUACAGGUUAGUUCGACGGUAUGUCAAGAUUUAUGUUACUAAAUGUAAAUAAGCGUUAAUUUUAUCUGCUUGGACUUUUUUAUUUUAUGUGUUAACACCUUAUGUUUCUUUCAUAACUUAAACAGAGAAAGUUCAAUGUUUGUAGCAUAUCACAGAUGGAAGUGCAGGCAAGCAUCUUUAUGCUGAAGAGCAUUUUGUUCGUGCUUCACUUUAUAAUACCAGUACCAUGCCAAUAUUCUUUGUUAGGCUCUUGUUUUAGUUCCAUAAUUUGUACAGACAGGCCUUUGACACCAAAGGUAUUAAGUACAUGUAUUACAGCAAAAGGUUGUUUUUAUUAUUACCAAAGUGAAGACAAGAUGUCCCAGUAGUAAAAAGUUAAGAAGAAUGGACUUUUGUUUCGGCAAAUUUCCAUCAAGCAGAAUCUAGUCACUUGCUAGUCACACUUCAAUAGAGAAGUAGCGCAAUGAUGUUACGCUUUGUAUACAUGUGCACUUUCCAACUGCUGUGAUAGUGAGUUACAUGUAGGAUGUGAUCCAUCAAGCUCCAAUAGGCAAACAUACAUGUAUGUAAACAAGCAGGAUGCCGUUAUGUUUUUAAGUCUAGCUUCAUUUCCCACUUAGGGCAAAAAGUGUUUGAAAGCGGUCCAAACAGGGUGAUAUGUACAUGUUGUACUUCUUUUAAAUACAUGUACAUGUAGCUUGUCAUUUCAGACUGGAUGACUUGAGUUCUGCUUGCAAUUUGGUUAAGUACAAUGCAUCAGCUACGGUACUGUGAGCAUCCAGUGUAUAUGUACAUUUGCAUACAUACAUUUACAUUAUGCAUAAUGUACAGUCUUUUCCAGUUUUACAUACUGUACGUGUAGCACUCAUUUUGAGGACAUAAAACGUGAGGCCAUACAUGUGCCACAGUUCUCGCAAUUUGAGGGCACAUUCUUGUUUCAAACAUUUAGGGACAACUCAUGAUGCAUGGCAGUUGUCGUGAGAACCUUAACACAUUGUGGGGACAUACAUGACAUACCUGUGUCAAAGUCCCCUCACUUUUGGCCACCAAAGGAAAUCUUUCCCAACAUGGUCGCAGGAGGGCACAUUCUUGUUCCCUGCGUGUACAUGUACCAGUACAAAUGGGGACCACGUGUUGUACAGUAGAUUUUGUGGGGAUAUACCAAAGUCCCCAAUGUGGUCUAAACAUUCCAACAAAACAAAAAUUCUAUCACUCAAUGUAAGUUAAGUUUGAAGUUCUUACACCAAGAAAAGACAGGAUUUGAAAGGUGCUUUGAGGUAUAUCAAUUUAAUAUUUAUUCACCGGAAAACAAAUCAGUGGAAAAGUUGACAUUAAAUAUCAUUUGACUGUAA